AUGGAGGCAAACUUUCAAAAGUUUUUCGACAAAAUUAAAGUUGAAAUGCAAAAUCAAACUAAAGAAAUUACUGAAAGCUUGAUGUCGAAAAUGGAAGAAAGGCUGCAACCACUUGUGGAAGAAAAUUGUAAACUGAAGAAAAGAGUAGAAGAACUCGAAAAGAAAAUAGACAUGGAUGUAAGGGAGAAAAGAAUGAACAACUUGAUGGUUUUUGGUCUAGAGGAAAAAGAAAAUUCUAACUUAGAACUCGUAGAAGCGGUAACAGAAGAAAUUAAAACUUUAGGAAUUGAUUGCGACGUACGAGACAUUAGUAAGGCAUAUCGUGUAGGGAAAAAACAUAAAACCGGUAAAGCGAGGCCUGUUAAAAUUACAAUAAGUACUAAUUGGAAAAGAUACGAAAUAUUAAAAAAUAAGAAAAAGUCUGAGAACACAUACUUUACUGAAGAUUUUCCAAAACAUGUCCUUGAAAUAAGACGCUCCUUGCAAGACAAACUCAAAGAAGAACGCAAUAAAGGACAUUAUGCGUUCAUAAGAUACGACACACUGGUGGUUAAUGAAAAUAAAAAUAAAGAAAAAAGGAAGAGAUCACCAACACGUAGUCCCCAGGAAAUUACUGAUGGUAACAUAACUCUAAAACCUGCACAAAAAAUAAGCCGAGCAAAUGUCUUUGAUCGAAUGCGAUCACGUCCAACAGCCUCUGGGUCGAACGACACCAAAAAAUAA